AUACCACGUCCUCAGUCGCAGGCCACUCGCGGCAGCAUGCGACGCGCGCCGCUUAUCACCGCGAUAACGCGGUAUUUCGGACGUUUCAUUACUACAAUAUAAAAUGGCCACUAAAACAAUGUUAGCACCUACACAAAUACUCCAAGUUGUGUCCUUUUUGGACAUGUUUGGAGCUGGCAUGUUGCUCCCCCAGCUUCAGAACCAAGCCAGAUCGCUGGGGUGCAGCCACCUCUUCAUCGGGACCCUGGGGGCCACGUACUACGGCACACAACUCAUCGCUGGACCAGUGAUAGGAAGCCUGAGCGACUUGAAAGGAAGAAAACAAACACUAUUCAUGUGUUUGUGUAUUUGUACAUGUGGAUAUUUUGUAUUAGGACUAACGUCAUCUAUUGUAGUAUUCUUCGCAACGCGAGCUUGUCUUGGUUUCUUCAAACACACGCAGCUACUAACAAAGUCGGCAGCCCCAGACUACGAGCCUGACCCGUUGAAGCAGGCCGUGGCCUUCGGUCGUCAGGCCACUAUAUCAGGCAUAGGGAUGUCACUCGGACCGAUGGUCAGUGGACACGUCGCCGAGGCUUACCCUGAGUAUGGGUUCACAGUCCUCGCUUGCAUAACGGCUGUUCUCUUCGGUGUUAACGCAGGCCUAAUAAAUUUACUGCCAGACAAAACCAAAGAAAAACAGGGUACUAAGAAAAAUCAAGUCGCAGUCGCGCCGAAACUUAUAGACUCAGUGAGAAAUAGCUUUAAGGAAUCCAUAGAUGAAUUUUACAAAGUAGACUGGACCGUUUACGGGGACGUUUUCCUGUUCAAACUCAUCAUAACACUAUGCCUGGGCAUGUACUUCACGAAUUACGCUAUAUUCUUGAAAACAAAACACGAUAUGUCACCAACAAGCCUUGGCUAUAUCAUAGCUUUUCAAGGCGGGGUCGGAUCGUUCUGCUCAUACUUCAUAGGCUACAUCAACCAAUUUUACAAAAACGACAAAGACGCUACAUUGAGAACGUAUCACAUAUUUAUAGCUAUUACUGUAUCUCUAAUAGGAAUGGGGUUAUCCCCGAAUAUUUACUUGUACUUGUUAUUUAUUAUUCCUUUAGCUGUAAGCGGUUCUGUUGGUAGAGUUUCAGGGUUGGAGAUGAUAAUGAAUAAAGGUAAUGCUGAGCAUAGAGGUUCGGUGAUAGGUGCUACAAGUAGUAUGAGAUCUCUAUCUGGAGUGGUCACCCCUCUUUUAGGGGGGGUGAUUAGCGAAUACGUGGGUGUUACGUAUGUGAUAUUCGUAGCAGCGCUGUUCGGUGCUACAGGAAUAGUCGUAAGCUAUAAAAUAAUGAAGCGAUCGAUUGAGGCCAAGUCUAAGAGCGAUUAAUGUUUUUUAGAAACAUUUUAGACCAAUUUAAUUUUAGAUUAUUUAUUUAAAGUACAAAUACUUAAUGUUAAAUAGGUAAUAUAUUUUGUUAAUGAA